AUGCACUCCAUCUCCUUCUUGUUUUUCGGGCUUUUCCUCGGCACAAGCCAUGCCCUAGGGGAUGUCUAUUUACCAGCUGUCCAGAGAGCUAAACCAGUGGCCACAGAGUACUUCACUUACGCAGCUCCACCGGAGGAGGAUCACACGGCUCCCUGGCAAGCAGCUCGCCAGCUAGCCCAGGUGCUAUCGCCACCACAACAGGUGGUCUUCAUCCGCACCCCGGAGACAAAUCUCUUCACCCUAACAGCCAAGCAGCUGGCGAAUAGCAAUUCCCUGGAUAUCUUCGUGCUUCAGCGUCAGGCGGAUGCAGCGGCUCUGGCCCAGCAGCAGGCAGCCAUUCAGCAGCAGGCGGCCAACCAUCAGCCCUCAGUGCACUUUGUCAAAUACCGAACUCCGGCAGAUGUAACCCGAGCUUUGAGCGCCCUUAGAAGCGACUACGACCGGCUGCCAGGGAAUAGCAUCAGUCAUGCUGUUGAGAAGGCGGAUGUCCUGCACCUGAAUCCGCCAACAGUGAGGCCAUCUAGUCCACCAAGUCCUGCCCCUGUGAUCUUUAAGAUCCGCCCCAAAGACAGCGCCGAGUACGAGACACACGAGCUGGCCAGCGAUCUGGAGAUGGCAAAGCUUCAGGCCCUGUUCCGGGAGUACCUGCCACCGGGAAAGCGACGCUAG